CCGGAUUAUGUGGAUUGUUGAGGAAGAUUGACAUGGCGUUUAUUUUCUGUAAUUAAAGAAAAAAUAGUUAAAUGCACGACUGGUAGGCUCUCUCGCAUAAAUACACAGAAUCUUGGAAAAAAGGAUUGAGUAACAGCGAUUUUUCACUAUUCCUGAAAUACACACAAGUUUGGUUUUAAUUUUAGUCACGACCACAAGAUAAAAUCCGAGAGGGAGUGAACGGUUAUCGGAUAGUUGGAUUCAUUUCAUUACAAGCUAAAGAUGACAAUGAAAGCGGGGAAAUGUCCAACGGACGAAUUGUCCACUACAAAUUAUGCUAUCACCUCUCCUCUUGACAUAGAUGACGAACAAUGCAGGCAUGUAGAAAUUUACACCUCUCCACAUAUGAAGUUUGUAUUCUCCGUGAAGAACAGUCCACGCAUGCAACAAGGUUAUGUGGGGUUUAACUUGAUGCAAAGAAGAUGGGCAAAUAUUUCAUUGAAUCAAGAAUUAACAGUAAAAACUUACAAAUUCAAUCCCAAAACAGACACAAUAGGGACCAUCGUAGUAGAGGUGGACUUCCUACAGAAGAAAAAUGCUAAUUCAGAUCCACAUGACACAGACAAGAUGGCAGCUGAGUUUUUAAUGCAGUUCAACAACAUGGCGUUUACAGAGGGGCAGAGUUUGGCUUUUCAGUUUGCUGACAAAAAAUUACUUGUCCUCACUGUCAAAGAGAUAGAAGUAAUUGACUUCACCAAAAUGAAAGAUGGAAGCACUGGAACCUCAAAGAGAGUACAAUUAGGUUUGUUGACUCCUAACACAACAGUGGUGUUUGAAAAAGCAGAUACAUCCACAAUUAAUUUGACAGGAAAAUCCAAAAGUAAGCAGGCCUUUACCUCCAUUAUCAACCCUGACUGGGAUUUCAAUAAGAUGGGUAUUGGUGGUCUGGACAAAGAAUUCUCAGCAAUAUUUAGGAGAGCGUUUGCCUCUCGAGUGUUCCCACCAGAAGUCAUAGAACAGUUAGGGAUGAAGCAUGUGAAAGGUAUUCUACUGUUUGGUCCCCCAGGUACUGGAAAAACUUUGAUGGCCAGACAGAUAGGAAAGAUGUUAAAUGCCAGGGAACCUAAGAUUAUAAACGGACCACAGAUUCUAGAUAAAUAUGUUGGAGAGUCAGAGAAAAACAUCAGGAUGCUUUUUGCAGAAGCCGAAGAAGAGGAACAAAGGUGUGGUCCUCACAGUGGUCUACACAUCAUUAUAUUUGAUGAGAUUGAUGCCAUUUGUAAGUCCAGAGGCUCUGUGGCUGGAAACACAGGGGUUCAUGACACAGUGGUAAAUCAGUUGUUGUCAAAGAUUGAUGGUGUGAAUCAGCUAAACAACAUCCUUGUUAUAGGAAUGACCAACAGGAAAGAUAUGAUCGAUGAAGCUUUAAUAAGACCAGGGAGAUUAGAAGUUCAGAUGGAAAUUGGUUUACCAGAUGAACAAGGCAGGCUACAGAUUUUAAACAUCCACACCUCUACAAUGAGAGAAAAUGGCAAGCUGUCCCCAGAUGUAAAUAUUGAGGAGCUGGCAGCCUUGACUAAGAACUUUAGCGGGGCAGAGAUUGAAGGCCUGGUAAAGGCAGCACAGUCCACCGCCAUGAACCGCCUGAUCAAGGCCACCAGUAAGGUGGAGGUAGAUCCAGAUGCCGUGGAGAAACUACUGAUCACCAGGAAGGACUUCAUGCAUGCUCUGGAACACGACUGCAGUCCAGCAUUUGGAAGCAGUAAGAAAGAGUUUGAGAAAUAUAUAUCCAAUGGAAUCAUAACCUGGGGAGAUCCUGUCCACAGAGUAUUAGAGGAUGGAGAUCUACUGAUAUCACAGGCCAAAACUAGUGUUACCACACCUCUAGUCACAGUACUGGUGGAAGGUCCACCAAACAGUGGGAAAACCUCCCUGGCUGCACAGAUAGCCAAAAAUUCAGAUUUCCCAUUCAUCAAAGUGAUCAGUGCAGAGAACAUGAUUGGUUUUACAGAACCUGCUAAGUGUCAGGCAAUAAAGAAGAUGUUUGAUGAUGCAUACAAAUCUCCACUAAGCUGUAUCAUUGUUGAUGACAUUGAAAGACUUUUAGACUACGUGCCCAUUGGUCCACGAUUCUCUAAUCUAGUCCUGCAGGCUCUGUUGGUGCUGUUAAAGAAAGCCCCACCAGCGGGCCAUAAACUUUUGGUGAUAGGAACUUCAAGUAGGAAAGAUGUUCUCCAGGAAAUGGACAUGGCACAAACAUUUGGGACAAUUAUUCAUGCCUCCAACAUAUCCAGUAGUGAACAUCUAAUGGCAGUUCUGGAGAAUGUGGAUGCCUUCAACAGCAAUGAACUGGAAAUUCUCAAACGAAAAACCAGUGGAAAGAGGUUGUGGAUUGGUAUCAAGAAAUUAUUAGUUCUCAUAGAAAUGGCUCGACAGAUUGAUGAGUCACAUAGAAUACCUAAGUUUCUGUGUGUUUUGGAAGAGGAAGGGGGAUUAGAGAUGACUGUUUAGGUUGGACUUUAUUAUUUGUAAAUAUUGUGAUAGAUUUAUGAAAAAAAAUGUUGUUGCUUAUGAAGUGCAUAAUUGUUAUCUAUUUAAAACUUGAACAUACAGUUUACACUGUAGUAUUUUAGUAAUUUAAUAUAAUUAUGUACACUGAAAUGACUGUCAUAUGCACAAAUAGAAAUGAAUGGUCAGAAAAUAAAUUAUUUGUAAAUUUUUAUCUGUAACAGAUACUAAAAAAAAAGUUUUUUUUGAAAUGCAGCAUAAAGUUUAAAUGCAUGCUGGUAUAUGUCCUUGAUGGGUAAUAUAUGUUUUUGUGAACAUAGCAGAUAUAUGUAACAGAAAUCUUAAGUUUUGUUGUGUUCAGGCCAGUAUAAAUAAAUAGUGUGUUUCUUAUUCCAUCCUGAGAAUAAAUAGGGUGGGUAGUUAAGGAAAACAUUUUAUUUUGAUAUUUAAACAUUUUAUUGAUUAAAAUUCAACAGGGAAAUCCCUAUCAAAAUAUUUCCAAUAAUGUGGAUAGAAUAUCCAUUUUCUCAAACAUGGAAGUGAUCCAGAUUAGGAUUUCUAAUAAUUAAACAAAAUUUCUUAAUUCCAAAAAGAUAUCUGAGAAUACAGUUUGCAGUGUCAGCUACCUACCUACCUACCUAGUCCUUGUUGCACCCGGAGGCACAUAGGGCAAGGACUAGGGAUUUCCAUUCCUCUCUAUUCUUUGCAAUCUUCUCCACAGUGUCAGCUGAAUUGGCUCAUAUAUUUUAAGUAAGGACAGUCGGGGGACCAGAAACACACAAUUUAUUUAUCUUGGCCCCAUAUAGAAUAUAGCAGAUGUUUCUGAUUAAAGCAAAGAUUUCAUUUUUAUACUCACCAUCGGGAAUUGUUCCCGGUUUCUCACAAAUCGGACCUUUCAUUAUUGAAAUGUGCAAUUGCAAAUUUUUUAUAUGUUCUCUCAGUGUGAAAUAGGUCAUUUUAUCACAAGUCUUCACUUUGCUAAAAUAGCGUUAGAGGUUUGCAGACAUAUAGUUGAAGGCUUUUGUGGCAAAACUUUAAUAGAAAAGAAGCUGAAUGUGCUUUCUGAUAUUUUUGUAUUGUUUAGGGGGUUUUCCUAAAAUAAUUAAUUGUAUCAAACAUUCCUCCUAAAUAUACACCUAGAAUAUGUUGUUAUUAAAAUUUUUAAAACUUUUUUAUUUGAGAUUAUGUUAAAUAGGAAAAUUCAAAGGAAAUAAAGAUGAAAAGAAAA